CCCGGACUCAGAUUCUCCCCAGACGCCGAGGAUGGGGGUCAUAGCUCCCCGAACCCUCCUCCUGCUGCUCUCGGGGGCCCUGGCUCUGACCGAGACCUGGGCCGGCUCCCACUCCUUGAGGUAUUUCGGCACCGCCGUGUCCCAGCCCGGCCGCGGGGAGCCCGGGUUCAUCACCAUGGGCUACGUGGACGACACAGAGUUCGUGCGGUUCGACAGCGACUCCGUGAGUCCGAGGAUGGAGCCGCGGGCGCCGUGGGUGGAGCAGGAGGGGCUGGAGUAUUGGGACCGGGAGACACGGAACGCCAAGGGCCACGCACAGAUUUACCGAGUGAACCGGCGGACCCUGCUCCGCUACUACAACCAGAGCGAGGCUGGUUCUCACAACAUCCAGAGGAUGCAUGGCUGCGAUGUGGGGCCUGACAGGCGCCUCCUCCGCAGGUAUGAACAGUUCGCCUACGAUGGCAAGGAUUACAUCGCCCUGAACGAGGACCUGCGCUCCUGGACCGCCGCGAACACAGGGGCUCAGAUCUCCCAGCGCAAGUGGGAAGCGGACAAAUACUCAGAGCAGAUCAGGGCCUCUGAGGGCAAGUGCAUGGAGUGGCUCCGCAGACACCUGGAGAACGGGAAGGAGACGCUGCAGCGCGUGGAUCCCCCAAGGGCACACGUGACCCAGCACCCCGUCUCUGACCAUGAGGCCACCCUGAGGUGCUGGUCCCUAGGCUUCUACCCUGCGGAGAUCAUACUGACCUGGCAGCAGGAUGGGGAGGACCAGACCCAGGACACGGAGUUUGUGGAGACCAGGCCUGCAGGGGACAGAAACUUCGAGAAGUGGGUGGCUGUAGUGGUGCCUUCUGGAGAGGAGCAGAGAUACAAGUGCCAUGUGCAGCAUGAGGGACUGCCAGAGCCCCUUACUCUGAGAUGGGAGCCGUCUUCCCAACCCACCAUCCCCAUCGUGGGCAUCAUUGCUGGCCUGGUUCUCCUUGGAGCUGUGGUCACUGGAGUUGUGGUCGCUGCUGUAAUGUGGAGGAAGAAAAGCUCAGGCAGCAACUGUGCCCAGGACUCUGAUGAGUCUCAUGAGGCUUGUAAAGGUGAGACACUGGGGGGCCUGAAGUGGGUGGGGGUGAGGCAGAGGGGACAUGACUCUGUUGAGGAGUUCUCUGGAUUUGGACAUCUCAAGCAUGUGGUAGGCUCUUCAGAGUGUCAUGAGGGACAGUGACUGCCCUGGAUUUGUUUAUGAUUAUUUUCUUCUGUAGCUUGAGACAACUGCCUUGAGUGGGACUGAGAGAUACAAAAUUUCUUCAAGUCCUUCCUCUGACAUACACCAUUGUAAUUUCAAGA